UCUCUUGUCGACCAUUGUCAACUCAACAAUCAUUAUCUCUUAGUUGAUUUGUCAGCGACAUUUCAUCUGCUGUGUCAAACUGCAUAGAUUUCUUGUGACUGCGAGGGCAAGUUAAUUACAUCGAAAUGCUUAAUCACGUGUUGCGACCGAUCACUCGUAACUUUAUCAGAAGCGGCAGUCGUUCCUCCAGUUCAAAAGCCAUGGAUGAUAUUAAAUUGGCAACAGUAAAUGACAUACCUGGAUCAUGUGGACCAUGGAAAACACAUUAUGACGCAAGACAGAAAGUUUACAAUGCUCAAUUAAUUGCUGGUGUUGGUAUACUAAUUAGUACCAUAGCUUACAUAAAAAUAUCAGGCGUUAUCUUCUUUAACUUUAGCCCACCAGAGGAACCAAUUGAAAACAAAUAAACAUUCAAAAUAUAAAAUUAGAGAAAAAUAGAUAUGAAAGCAAUCUGGCCAUACUGCUGAGAAUGUUAUGUACUUUAUUGUGCGAAUGUAACACGCAAUAACUUGUACUGUCCUCAAUAAACAGUUUAUAUUUAUAACUA